AUGCACCACCUCGAUCCUCAUGAGCGGCCUCCGGACGGCAUCCGCAAUGUCUACAAAAAGUACCAAAAGAUGGGACUUGAACAACUCAAUCAAGACACGGAGAUUAUCGACAUUACAGAUUAUGCAACUGCGUCAUCCAACAGCAAUGUACACGUUGUUGAGCAGCACGCGGCCGAGCAACUGACCGCUACUUUCCGCGCCUUCGCCGGUCAAGACGUGGUGGCGCAAGAGCUAGACUUGCCGUCAUCGAUACCAGUCUACGAGCACGAGGACAUGCCAGGCCUACACAUCCUCCCCACGCUCCUCCCCCCAGAAAUUCAAUCCAUCCUCCUAUCCCGCCUCCUCCACCGCGACCUCUCCAACCCAGCCCACCUAACAAACAUCCACACGCACUACAACCUAACCUACCCCCCAUCCUCAUCCUCAUUCUUCACCCUUCCCCCAACCUCCCCCCACCCCAUCGCCUCCCCCCUAAACCCCACCAUCCACACCCCCCUCCCCAUCUCCCCCCUCCUAACCCGCAAACUCCGCUGGACCACCCUCGGCGGCCAAUACAACUGGACCCUAAAACGCUACCCAACCACACCGCCACCCCCUCCUUUCCCCACCGAUAUAAAAGCCUUGUUAGAAGCUGUUUUCCCGCAAACGCGUGCAGAGGCGGCGAUUGUGAAUUUGUAUUCUCCGAGGGAUACGUUGAGUUUGCAUCGGGAUGUUGCCGAGGACAGUGGGAGGGGGUUGGUGAGUGUCGGGAAGUGCAUUGUACAUGAGUGGCACGUCGCGGUUUGCGUGGCAUGGUGUACCCCAGAUAGUAGCAGGGACGUGUCCGGCGUAUCUGGCAAACUGGCCUAG